CCCUCUCUGCCCAGUGUCUUUUACUUUUCUGCAUGCACUUUCGGCCAUGUACCCUUUUUCGCUACUUGUGCAGCAGAACCUCGCGGCAGAUAGCAGAAGGUGUCAUGAGCCAGGUGGUCCUGGUGCGCAGAACCUCGCAAUCCAGGGUCAAAGGUAGCUGUGCCUCUUCCGAACGGAUGAGCCUAUCUUAUUAGGAAGAGAAGUCCUUUUGUCUGUUGCUCGUCCACAAAUGCACCGUGUCCAUCCCUCUCUGCCCAGUGUCUUUUACUUUUCUGCAUGCACUUUCGGCCAUGUACCCUUUUUCGCUACUUGUGCAGCAGAACCUCGCGGCAGAUAGCAGAAGGUGUCAUGAGCCAGGUGGUCCUGGUGCGCAGAACCUCGCAAUCCAGGGUCAAAGGUAGCUGUGCCUCUUCCGAACGGAUGAGCCUAUCUUAUUAGGAAGAGAAGUCCUUUUGUCUGUUGCUCGUCCACAAAUGCACCGUGUCCAUCCCUCUCUGCCCAGUGUCUUUUACUUUUCUGCAUGCACUUUCGGCCAUAUUACCUCUGACGACACCGCUGACGAUGUCAAGGAGCUCAUCAAGACCAAGAAAUCCACCAAGUUUGAUGACAUUGCCCCUAACAAGCUCACACUCUGGCAAGUCUUCAUCCAAGUAGCCGACGAUGAUGAAGAGUUGCCAACUGUACUCGAUACCAUUCGCGAAAGAAGAAACUGCGCCCGACAAACAACAUCUCAGAUACUUUUCCCUGCACGCCAGUUAAAGAGUCAAUUUACAUCAUUGUGCAACGACUCCUCGAGCACAAACUUCGAUGAUGAUGUGGUCUUUCAAGUCAUUCUCAAAAACAAGAAUUCCACCACUCUGACCUGGUACACCCACUCAAAAAACGGUCACCCCGGAGAAUCUACGGACCACCAUUGUCGAAAGGCAACCAUCCUGGGACGACGGCUCCGAACAUUGGUUGUUGAGGAUUCUACUGGUGUCGAGAUUGUUGCAGAUGACGGUCAGCUGUGGUAUAUGAUCAGGAGAUAUGUGCAGGGAGGAAUCGAAGAUAUGGUUGUGCGUUUGGAGGUCCUUAGCAAGCCCUUCCCUGACAUUACGACAUCGGACGCCUGCGGAAUAUAUGACACUGAUGAACCCUCGCCUCUCUACGACCUCGCUACCACACCAUUGGCCUCUAAGGAGCAUACGCAAGCAUUGGAUGAACUGUAUGGGACGCUGGGAGCCGCACUGAAGUCGAUGGUCUCUGAGGAUGGCGCAGGAAUACCGACUUAUAUCAAUUCUUUUUAUUGCGCGCUAUUGCGCUUUUCUCCGACCUCGAAUUAUCAGGAGACAAGAGUCUAUCAGGAAGGCGAGGAUUUGGGUCGAUACCGUAUGUGGUGGAGUCGAAGAGUGGUUCGUCCUGCAUGCUUGCUGUAACGUGGGUGCAGUCGGAAGAUCUUUCAACCAGCAUUACUCAAAACAUGGUUCAACUCGACACCAUAUGCUCUGGACAGAAUCGAAAGCGCCAGGAUGAUGAGGAUGACAGCAUCGCCCCUGUUAUCUCUUACGGGAUCACUGUUGGCGCAAAGCUGUGGCAUUUUUUGCAGUGCAGGAUCGACGCUUUGAACAAAUCCGGCUACAAUGAGCCUGACUUUCGGUCAUUCAAGGCUCCUAGAUAUUUCGAUUUAAUAACUUUAAGCUUUGCCUUACCUUUUCACGUACUCGCAAAAUCUCUUUACCCAUGUACGUAUACAAGUCGAAAGUCGGAUAGAGGAUGCUCUGCCAUGUCGCGUAGACCUCUCUUUCAUAAAUUAGAGCCAGAAAUAGAAAUAAAAAACCUUUUAU